AUGGGUUGCAACACCACUGGCCUAGACUUUUUCACGUUAUCUGAAUACAAUGUGACGACUUUUCCCCUAAACUCCAAGUUUGAACCUUUCCCAACUCCACUCAGGAUAUUACUGGCAAUAAUAAUGAUAGUGAUGAUUGCUAUUGCUUUUUUAGGCAAUGCCAUUGUAUGCCUUAUUGUUUAUCAGAAGCCAGCCAUGCGAUCAGCCAUCAAUCUUCUCCUGGCAACACUGGCAUUCUCUGACAUUAUGUUAUCACUCUUCUGCAUGCCAUUCACUGCAGUCACAAUUAUUACUGGAAGCUGGUACUUUGGGACGCAGUUUUGCCAGAUCUCAGCCAUGCUGUACUGGUUUUUUGUGCUGGAAGGUGUUGCCAUUCUACUAAUCAUUAGCGUUGAUCGAUUUCUAAUUAUUGUGCAGCGGCAGGAUAAGUUGAACCCACACAAAGCCAAGAUAAUGAUUGCCACUUCUUGGGUAUUGUCAUUCUGCAUCUCCUUUCCUUCGAUGGUUGGAUGGACUUCGGUGGAGGUGCCCACCCGAGCUCCACAGUGUGUACUGGGAUAUACUGAGUUUUCUGCUGAUAGAGCAUAUGCAGUCAUGCUGGUUGUAGCUGUGUUCUUCAUCCCUUUCAGUGUAAUGCUAUACUCUUAUCUGUGCAUUCUGAACACAGUGAGAAGGAACUCUGUUAGGAUUCAUAACCAUGCAGACAGUCUGUGCCUAAGCCAAGUAAGCAAGUUAGGGUUGAUGGGGCUUCAAAAGCCUCAUCAAAUGAACGUGGACAUGAGUUUCAAAACAAGAGCCUUCACCACCAUUUUGAUUCUUUUUAUUGGAUUUUCCCUGUGUUGGCUUCCUCACUCGGUGUUCAGUCUACUCUCAGUGUUCAGCAGAACAUUUUAUUACAGCUCCUCAUUCUACAUCAUCAGCACAUGCAUCUUGUGGCUUACUUACCUCAAGUCUGUUUUCAACCCAGUCAUCUAUUGCUGGAGAAUCAGGAAGUUCCGUGAAGCAUGCAUGGAAUUCAUACCUAAAACUUUCAAGAUCCUUCCUAAAGUUCCAGGAAGGGCUAAGAGAAGGAUAAGGCCCAGCACUAUCUAUGUUUGUAGUGAACACCAGUCAGAGGUUUAG